CAAUACAAUAACAUAAAAUGCUAGCCUGUUGCCGAUGAAAAAAACUCGCUUGUGUGAUUACAACUCCCAAAGAAGUUAGAUUCUCAGUGUACAAAAAGAAUCAUGUUUGGGCAACUUUUGGACUUCCGGGUACAUCACCGCAUGGAAAUGGUGUGUUGUUAUGUUUUUGAGUGUAAGCAUCGCACUGGGGGCGGACAGGUUUGUAGUCUCUACAGGUUUCCGACUAAUGUGAAGGACAGAAAUGAAUGGAUUGACAAAUGCCGACGGGCAGACAGGCCAUAUAACAACAAUGACCGGAUAUGUAGCUGUCAUUUUGUUGAUGGGAAGAAGGAGAAUGGUCCAACCAUCUUCAGCUUCAGUAAAGAUGUUGGCAGCUUUCCAGACCUACCAACCCCAACAAGAGGUAAAAAACGCAAGGUGGAAGAGGCUUUGGAACCAGAAAUUGACGUGCCUGAUACAGCCACUGGCAGCAACCGUGACCAUAGCAUAGUUGACAGCUUACCAACCCCAACAAGGUCUAUUCAAACAGCAUCAACCAGCCCAGAUGUCAAAACUAUUCAAGCGCAGAUAGCCCAGAGCACACUGGGGACACCCGCUGUUUCUAUACCAUCUGAUGCUUUACUCCAGGGGGUGACCACACUUAAGGCAGAACCCAUGGACACUAGUGAAGAUGCAAGCCCGAUGAGCAAUGCCACGUCAUCAAAGCCUGUACAGUCCCCCGCCCCUGCCAAACUUUGCUCAGGAAAAAUGAACAAGGGAAUGGGUGGUGGUCUGCCAACAGCGGAUGGGUCGUUGGGGAACCAGAACAACCCUCUUGGGGUGUUGAACUCGACCCCUGGGCUGACAAGUGGCGAUGGGCUCCAGAUUAGCCCCCAGACAAACCGGGAAACUAAAGAGUGGCACCAGAGCGUCGAACAAGGCCUGAGAAACAUUUUUGUCAAAGACCUAGCUCAGGCUGGAUCUCCCACUCCUGAUCUAGCUGCACUCGAUGCCAGAAAAAUGGUGCUCUUGUUGCUAUAUGCGAGAAAAGUGGAAGGGGACAUGUAUGAAACAGCAAACAGUAAGAAAGAGUAUUACAGUUUGGUUGCUGAGAAGAUCAAUGAGAUACAGAAGGGGGAGGGGCUGGAGAGGAGACUUCAGCGCAGGGAGCAGCAGGCCAGAGAGGGGCCACAAGUACCAGGGGGUGACAGCAGUGCUCUACCUGGACCCAACUCCAGGGUGAGACCGGGCAAGCAGAUGGGUGGGGUCCAUCCACAGCCACCCCCCAGUCAACAAGAUAGUGACAACCUGGCAUCAAUGUCUAAACGGUCCUUUACCGUUAGUGUUGUUACAACCUUGACCUCGCUUUCACCUCCAUCUCCCAAGUUGCAUACUACUAGGAGAACGACAUCAGUGGACAUCAAGAAGGAACUGUCCAGUGUGGACUCCGGGUCAGUGACCACACCCAAGGCAGAGCCCAUGGACACCAGUGAGGAUGCAAAACCCAGCCCGAUGAGCAAUGCCACGUUAUCCACGCCUGUACAGCCCCCCGCCCCUGCCAAACCUUGGUCAAAGAAAAUAUUCAAGCCAGAUGAGCUACGUCAAGCCUUUAUGCCCACAUUGGAGAAACUGAAAGGGCAGGACCAGCUUUGUAAACUGAUGAACCUGUCAACUAUCGAGCGGAAACUGGUCGCUGGUCAGUACAAGGAAACCUGGGAAUAUGUGGAUGACGUCUGGCGCAUGUUUGACAAUGCCUGGGUCUACAACAGGAAGUCGUCCAAGGUGAACGACUACCGCACCAAGUUGUCGGAGGUGUUUGAAGCUGAGAUCAGCAGUGUGAUGCAGUCCCUGGGUUACUGUUGUGGUGUCAGGCAGUUCUUCACUCAACAGGUGCUCUGUUGUUUUGGCAAACAGCAGUGUACCAUAUCACGGGGGCCAUCUACUACUCAUUUCAAAACCGGUACACAUACUGUAAGAAGUGCUACAGCAACCUACAGGGUGAUGAGAUUGAGCUAAUCGAUGACCCCUCGCAACCCUCUGUGAAGGUUCCUAAAAGUCAGUUUGAGAAGAUGAAGAAUGUGCCAGAAAUGGAGUCAUUCGUUGAUUGUGAUGAGUGCGGAAGAAAACUCCAUAAAAUAUGUGUGCUACAUUUUGAACCUAUUUGGAAUGAUGG